AUGAUAACAAAGAGCGUGAUGGAGGGCCAUAUUCCAUCCACAGGAAGUUCUAGCAGUAUCCGAGUCGCGCCCGUGAAAGUGCUUGCCCUUGGGCCCCCAAGAACAGGAUCAAACUCCAUACAAACAGCUCUGGGACAAUUGGGAUAUCAGGGGACAUACCAUUUCCCAUCCUCAGUCCAUGCUCGACCACAAGACACACAAAUAUGGUUGGAUGCAUUUAAUGCCGUGUUUGAAGGGGAGGGAAGUUUUGAAAAAGCGGAUUGUGAUCGCUUAUUUGCAGAUUGCCAGGCCGUUGUUGGACGCCCGUGUUGCGCAUUUGCACCCCAGUUAAUUAAAGCAUACCCGGACGCAAAAGUUAUUUUAAAUACACGUGACAUCGACGAAUGGUUUCUUUCCUGGAUUAGGCUCAGCCAGUCAAACGCGGCUCAAGAACACGAAGGGAACCUUGGUAUCGACGAUCCACCAAAAUUGGCUGCAAGAGAGCUACGAUAUAAAAUAUUGUCCGCUUUCUUCAAAGGAGAUUUCAUAAAUAAUGGGAAGUCGGCAUUCAGGGCCCAGUUCAACAAGAUCCGUGAGCUCGUACCAAAACACAAAUUGCUGAUAUAUGAUAUCAAGGAAGGGUGGGGCCCUCUGUGCGAAUUCCUUGGGAAGCCUGUCCCUUCGAGCCCGUUCCCCGGACACGAUAAGUUAGAAAUUUUCGAUGAGCAGCCAGGCGGUCCGUGUGAUGAGAAAGCAGCUAAACCGAAGCUUUUGAAAUCCCCUGUGGAUACUGCAUCAGAGAGUAGAGUUGAAAUACCGGGGUGA